GGAAGUAGGAAGGCGUUGCAAUUAUGUUGAUUCUGAAGUCCUUCCUUUUUCCGUUGCUAUUGUAGUGGGUUUUCCUUGUCGGAGUUAAAGAAGCUUUUCAACAUGGUGAAAAUUUUCAUUGGGAAUCUGCCUCGCCAGGCUACAGAGCAAGAGCUUAGGAAUUUGUUUGAAAAAUAUGGAAAGGUGGUGGAAUGUGAUAUAAUAAAAAAUUAUGGCUUUGUCCACAUGGACGAUAAAUUGUCAGCUGAGGAAGCAAUUCGGAGUCUCCAUCAACAUGUGCUUCAUGGUGUUGCCAUUAAUGUAGAAGCCAGCAGAAGCAAAGCAAAGACAUCUACCAAACUACAUGUUGGGAACAUCAGUAGCAGCUGUACAAAUCAGGAAUUGCGUGCUAAGUUUGAGGAGUAUGGCCCUGUACUGGAAUGUGAUAUUGUCAAGGAUUAUGCGUUUGUACACCUGGAAAGGGCAGAAGAUGCUAUUGAAGCUAUCAAGGGUCUUGAUAACACAGAGUUUAAAGGUAAAGUUUGCAAGCUACUUCAGUUCAUCAUUAGUACACACGCACGUUUGUUCUGGCACGCGGAUUGCGUCGACCUGCGAGGUGUCGGAAAAAUUAAAUAUUUUAUGUUAGUUGUUUUUUUUUUAACUUGAUGGGGGGAUGUGACUGAGGAAACUAUAAAUUAUGACCACCUUAAUUUGGUUCGAUACCUUGUUGUAUGAGAUUUUUAAACACUUUUCUUUCUUCCUCCUCUUGGCUGUUCAGACCAUUUGAGUUUUGUAGGGGUUUGAGGAUUUACAUUAUUAAAUGGUUCAAGAAAUUUUCAAGGAGGUGAAUUUCCAGAAUAGAAAUGCAGUUGAAUGUUGAGCAAAAGUUAAAAGCUGAAAGCUCUGCUUGGAGAGAUGGUAAAUGAAUGUUCAUUUUUAAAAAAAAAAAAAAGUUUGGCAAAAUGUGAUAACUAAUUUGACUCCCAGAAUUCUAUGCUUAAAAAGGGAAAUGAUACAGAAAAUAACGGAGAAAAUAUUUCUGUCCCAUGCAGUAUGUGUGGUAGUAAAGUAUUGUGCAGCAACUGUUUUGGUUAAAAAAAAAAAAAGAAAGAAAGCUCUUCCCCUAAAAUAAGGAUGGAAGUUUUGGAGUCAUUAACAGACUGCAACUUCAAGAAGGUAUUCACAUCAAGACAGAACCAAGUAUCUGGAAACUGCCAGCUUUAAAUGAUACUGAAGAUCGUUUGCAAUGUACACAUUUUCUAUAAGAUUUAUUGAAAUGUAACUAGUCUUUACCAGUUUCUGUGAUGAUAUGAGUUGAGUAAUUUUGUUUUUUCAGCUUUUGGGUUUUAAAAUAAAAAGUGUUAUUUUACAGUAAAAGAGUUGCUGGAUUUUAUCUGGCACAAACUCAAAAGUUGAAGUUUGGGUUCAUUUGUUUAUUUUGGAUUUGAAAAAUAAAUCAAUUUCAGUUUUUUUGCA